UUCGAAAACCAGUUUUUCAUGAUUGAAUCUGUCAGCUGUCACCAAGAUUAACGAAUGUUCACAUUGGCAUUUUGCGGAGCAAAAUAAUCCCGAUUAUCUAGAAAAUGGCCCAAAAUGUGAACCCGUUAUACGAACCACAAAACACCAAUUCAGGGAAAGAAGGCGAGAUGGUCAAGUUGCCUCAAAACGAUGGGCAUGCAGUUACCAAGAGGCUCCACAAGGAACUGAUGAGUCUUAUGAUGUCCGCUGAUCAGAGCAUUUCAGCAUUUCCUGAUGGCGAGAACCUGUUUAGUUGGGUUGGGACAGUCUGGGGCCCCAAAGACUCUGUCUAUGAAGAGCUGAAAUUCAAGCUCAGCUUCCAAUUUCCCAACUCCUACCCCUAUAAGGCCCCAGUAGUGAAGUUUGUAACGCCCUGUUUUCACCCCAAUGUGGACACCCAGGGAAACAUCUGUCUAGAUAUCCUGAAAGACAAUUGGUCUGCUCUUUAUGAUGUUCGAACCAUUUUACUGUCCAUACAAGCUUUGCUCGAUGAACCAAAUGUCGAUAGUCCCCUUAAUGGCUUAGCAGCAGAGACCUGGACAAAGAAGGACGAGUACCGGCAACAUGUGAUGGCAAUGUACAAAGAAGUUUAACAAAUUGAAUGUUUAAAGGUGAUUUCGAAAUCUAGUGUAAAUUUUAAGUAGGCAACAAAUAUUUGAUGUGCUGGUGAUUUGUAUUAAUAACUAUUGCGGUUUCUGAGACUGAGAACUGGAUUUCUAAAGCACAACACUGCAUUUUACUUUCAAAUAUCAAUUAAGGCCCUUUACUGUCUCAUCUUGUUUGCCAUUUACAGCAGUAGUGUUUGACUAUGAAUCCGAGAAUAAUGCAUCCACAUUAAAAAUAAAAUCGUAUUUAAUCUUUUCUUGAUAAUUUUCUGUUGCAUUAGGAGAUGCCUUUUGUGUUCCACGCGUAGGUUUAAUUUUUGUUUGUAUGAUGUAUUUAUGUAAUGAUUUUUUCAAUUAAAUGAUACACCGUUAA